GUUCGCAAGUGUUUUCGGUGUACGUCGCGUUCCCAACGACACCGUGAGUCUGCGUGCGCGUCACAAACAUAUUCACAUACAUACUACAUAUAAACAAAAUAAUUUUAAUUAAUUGAUUUUUUAUUGUUGCUGUGUGUUUUCUUUUUUUCAAUCUUAACGCUCUUUAACAUUUUCGAAGUUUUAUGCGUUCGUGUGAUUAGCGCUGGAGCCGCGAUCGCCACGAAUCAGAACGUGAGAGCGUUGCGUUGGCUGAUUAGCAUAUUGCUUGGCUUCAGCAGGCGGAGACAAUCGAACAGCGAUGAAAUUAGUAAUUAUCUGCCAACUACCGGGAAUCGCUUUAGACUUUCCAUUAAUCAGCGUUGAGAUUUUAUGCCGAAUCGGUUAAAUAAACGCUUCUGGUGGUGUAAAUUGACUUUCAAGCUCUACAAAUCGUAAAGGUCAGGUGAAAUGUACAUAUUUGUUGAGCGAGUGAGGGAAAGCAGUUGCAGUAAUUCUUGAAAAUGUUAGCACACACACACCAACACAAACACAUACAACUGGAGUGAAAAACAUAUGUACGGACAAUUGCUUUGGGCUUCAUAGUUCAGUGCGCGGUAAUGAGCUGAGUUAAUUAGCAGCUUACAUAUAAAAUUCAUACCUGAACACCAACACUCACACAGGCACACACAUAUGAAUUAAUAGCUGAGAGAAGAAGAAGAGACAAAUAAUAUACGGAGUUUAAUGAGAACCUGACAAAACGGGCCGAUACGAGUCGAUACAGUCGCGACAUUAUGGAAGUGUAUGACGACAGGCCGGUGAGUGUCUACGACAAUUUGAAAACGACGCCGAACAGCAUACACACAAGCACACCGAAAGCCGUGAAGAGAGGCAACAACACAGUGCCGUCACCAGCCGCAUCGCCAUUGCCAACACGCAGACCAACAGCAGCAGCAGCAACAACAACAACGGGCGGAACCACCGCAGCGAAUAGAGCAACUAGCUCACCCAUUUACGCCGAUAUUGCAUUCAAGUUUAAUGACAACAACCAACAACUAAAAAAUCAGCAGUCACAACAGCCACACCAACAGCAGCAGCAACAACAACAACAAACGCUUCCGCGCUUGACUCAGCAAUACGUGCAGCAGUCGGCCGCACAACCGGUGGCGUCAAACUUCACUGACCAAGCACCAACAACAACAGCAACAACACAAAAUAUUGCAACGAACACAACGCUGCCAACACAGAAUAGCAACAACAGCACUAACAACUACACUAACAGCAGUAAUCAGCGGUUAAUACAAGCGAACGCGUCGAUUACAUUGCCAGCCCCGAGUCCGGCGCCCGCUUCUGCACUAGCUGCCGCUCAAGCGCCAAUCAAAGCUAUUGCCACAGCAACGCCAGCAGCCAUGUCAACAACGACAGCGGCGUCUACGGUGGCAGCGCCUAGGAAUGCAAGUCCGGCACAGCGGCCGCUUAGUCAACACUCACAAUCGGAACUAUACGAAGCCAGUCAGAGUAUAGCUGCGGUGAAAGCCGCAUUAAAUGAUGCUAAAUCGAAAUUUUUCGGCUUAAACGGUUACGCUCAAGAUCAUCCACACAACAACACGUACAGUGCUAAUGAAUCUCGGCCGCUGCAGCAAAGAGCCGCCGCCGCGCCACGCCUACUCAUCGACAAUCAAUAUCCAAAAGUACAAAUCGUGACAACAGCCCCCACACCGCCGCCAAAGAGUCAACCCAAGUAUCAGAAUAUACCGGAGAAUAGCGCCAUAUUCCGCAAUAACGUCGAGACGCCACCCGAGUUGCCGCCGAAGCCACCAGUGGACGCUGUGGCGGUGCCGUCCAGAAUGGCUGCCACAACUCUGCCCACACAAACCGAUGGCGCCGUGUCUACAACACCCAACUCAGCUGCGUUCUCAACUAGCUCAAGGCAAUCGAACACGCCGUCGCCAUCGCCAUCAGCACCAUCAGAUGCGGCCAAGGUAUCGUUGUCAUCGUCUCAUGCAGCCUACAAGCAAAUACCGCUAAAUGAUAUUGACACUACGCAGCCAUCACAAGCCGUCUACAUGUCCACCACUGUACCGCAGAAUAUAAAAGCCACUCAGUAUCCGAAUCCAAUGAGUUUUAAAUAUCCGAAUCUUGCCCGCUGGUUGCUCAUACUGGAGAUAAUAGUUGGUCUACUAAUAUCAUUCCUAGCAAUUUGGAUAUUCUGUUUGGCACCCAAUACGGCCAUACAAUAUAAUCCAUAUUGGAGCGGUUUAGUGCUCCUGCUCGCUGGCAUUCUUGGACUUGUGCUUGUACGCUAUCAGCGUAUUAAACGUCACAAAGUACGCGAGAAUUGUUUCAAAUUUUUACGCGCCGACUCAUACUUGCUGGCACUCCUCGCCGUCCUGCUGUGCUGUGUGGCGGUCUUCUGCGCCGCCCUGCACUAUGCGCGCCUCUGCGCCGACGACACACACUGUGCGCCGACAAAUAUUUUGCUGGAGCAUGGUUCCUGCACGUGCAUCUUCAACGCGAACGAAGACGAGUUGACGGCGCCGACGAAUAGCAGUGCGGCACAAGUGGCGAACGGACUGUUGGACGAAGAAGUGGUGCCGGAGCAUUACAAUGAUCAAAGCUACAAAGUGGAGUAUCGGGACUUGAGCUGCAAGGAGCUGCGCGGCGAGUGGAUAACCAUACUGAUUCUAUCGAUGGCGCUUAACACUAUUGGCUUUCUGCUCGCCUUUGCCUACACAGUGUUGUUGUUUUGCUGUCGUCAUAGCGCCAAGCGUCCGUUCUACACCUCCGUCCAUACAAGUACCUUUUAGACAAGGAUUUGCUGUAGGCUAAAAACACACACACACACACGCACACACAUACACAAAUAUACCUGUAGUAUUUUUAAAUUUAGCGCCACAUACAUACAUAUUUAUUAAUAUGUAAUUUUAUUAUAAAAUUUUAAAAAGUUUGUUUUUAGUGAUGAGCUCAUUCUAUACAAGCACACAUACUUUUGUGUGGAAUAUGUUACACACACACACACAUGCAUAAGUCGUUGGCGCUUUGUACUUAAUUCGAUUUUAAAACUAAGUUUUAACACUCUAACUUUCAAUUUUGUAAAAUUUUAAUAAGAAAACACGAUUUGCAUAAUUUAUAAAAAAUA